AUGGAACCCAGAGCGAGCGCCAGAUCCAGAGGGGGCGACAGACCCGGACUGAGCACCGGAGCCAGAAGCGCCGGAACCACUGGGAAUAACAGAUCCCGAUUGAGCACCGGAGCCAGAAGCGCCGGAGCCAGAAGCGCCGGAGCCACUGGGAAUAAUAGAUCCCGAUUGAGUACCCGAGCCAGAAACGCCGGAGCCACUAGGAGCAACAGAUCCAGAUUGAACGCCGGAGACACUAGGAGCGACAACCCAGAUUGGGUGCCAGAGCUGGAAGCGCCGGAGCCUGAAGCGCCGGAACCACUAGGAGUGCCAGACCCAGAGGGCGAACCGGAGCCAGAAGCACCGGAGCCACUAGAGCCUGAAGCGCCGGAGCCGCUGAGAACACCAGAACCAGAUGGAGUGCCAGAAGCGCCAGAUCCACUAGGAGCAACAGAUCCUGACUGCGUACCGGGUCCUGAAGCGCCGGAGCCACUAGGAGCAACAGAUCCCGACUGCGCACCGGAGCCUGAAGCGCCAGAGCCACUAGGAGCGCCAGACCCAGAUUGA